AUGGCAGGAAAAGGCCCCGCAAUUGGAAUUGAUCUUGGGACAACGUAUUCAUGCGUAGCAGUGUGGGAGCACGAUCGUAUAAAAAUUAUAGCGAACGAUCAGGGCAACAGAACUACUCCAUCCUACGUUGCCUUCACAGAUACUGAGCAACUGGCAGGUGAUACAGCGUAUAACCAAGUCAUGAGAAACCCAGCCAAUUCAAUCUUUGAUGCAAAAAGGUUGAUUGGUAGGAAAUUCAGUGAUACCUCGGUCCAAAAUGAUGUGAAAUUAUGGCCAUUUAAGGUCAUUGAAGGACCAGCAGACAAACCCAUGAUUGUCGUUAACCACGAGGGUCGAGAGAAACAAUUUGCUGCUGAAGAAAUCUCAUCCAUUAUUCUUGGAAAGAUGCGAGAGGUUGCCGAGGUCUACCUGGGUUCAUCUGUGAGACAUGCUGUCAUCACUGUACCUGCUAACUUCAGUGACUCACAACGUCAGGCUACAAAAAGAGCCGGCAUCACUGCUGGCCUAAAUGUGUUGCGUAUUAUCAAUGAACCAACUGCAGCGGCUAUUGCUUUUGGCAUUAACAAGAAGGCUGGUUGGUAUAGCAAGAGAACAGUGAUGAUAUUUGAUUUGGGCGGUGGUACUUUAGAUGUGUCACUGCUUAUGGUUGUUGAUGGUGUCUUCGAAGUGAAGGCCACGGCGGGAGACACUCAUCUUGGAGGUGAAGACUUUGAUCGCAAUAUGGUCAACUACUGUGUACAGGAAUUCAAGAGGAAUAAUGGUGUGGAUGUUUGUGACAAUUUCAGAGCUCUUAGGAGGUUGAGAAAUGCUUGCGAGAUGGCAAAGAGAAGACUCUCAUCUUCUUUGAUUACUGAAUUUGAAAUCGACUGUUUGGCAGAGGAUACUGAUUUCUCUUUAACAAUAACUCGUGCCAAAUUCGAACAACUGAACAUUGAUUUAUUUGAAAAAUGUAUGGUGCCUGUAAAGAAGUGUUUGAAAGAUGCUAACAUGGAUAUAUCUAGUGUCCAGGAUGUUGUUCUUGCUGGAGGUUCUUCCAGGAUACCCAAGGUACAGCAACUAUUACAAGAUGUGUUCGAGGGAAAGGAUCUUUGCAAGGGCAUUAAUCCAGAUGAGGCUAUCGCUUAUGGUGCCGCUGUUCAAGCUGCAGUGUUGACUGGUGAAAAUCUAACCGGGAAACUUCAAAACUUCAAUCUCAUGGAUGUCACCCCUCUCUCACUUGGGUUGGAGUGCCGGUCAUUGGAUAGAUCCAAGCUAUUCAUGAAUGUUGUGAUUCCAAGGAACUCUAGAAUUCCCGUGCAGAUGAAAAAGACCGUAACUACUAUUCAGGACAACCAAGUAGAGGCAGGGUUUCCCAUAUAUGAGGGUGAGGAUGAAAUAGCGAAAAAUAAUAAUUUUCUGGGUAAAAUUUUCCUUCGUGACGUUCCUCCAGCUCCCCAGGGUGUUCCUAAAUUCGAUGUUCGCUUUGAUAUUGAUGCCAAUGGUAUCCUGAGUGUGUCUGCUGAGGACAGGUCAACUGGUCAGAGGAAAGAGAUUACAAUCAACACUGACAGAAAAAAUGAUUCGAUGUUUUCUUGCUUGCCGACAUGA